AAAAAAUUGCGUUUUUUAAGCGCAUUCUUUUUCUGUCUCCAAUCUAGUUCAACAACGUGUAUUUUGUGUUAAAGAGCCAAUCAAAUAUAUUUCAUAUAAAAUGGAUAAUUUAGAAGUCGUCCCAUCCCCAGAAAUGGUAUUACCUAAUACCGCCUAUGAAACCGCAAUACGUAGGGUGGCCAAUCCGCUUUUUAUGGAGAUGGUCCAUACUUUACACUGGCCCUCACUCACGGUCGAGUGGUUCCCCGAUUUUGUAGCUGACGGAGAACAGGAAGACAAAUUUUCAUUCCACAGAUUGAUUAUGGGCACCCAUACAGGCGAACCACAAGAUCACUUAUUAAUUGCAGGAGUUUCAUUACACAAAUCAUUUACUGGCGACGAUGAUAUGUCAUCUUCCGAUGAUGAAGAAGAAGAAGAUUUAGAUGGUUCGAAUAAUCCCUUUAAGAGUGACCUAAUACUCCUUCAAAAAAUUAAUCACGAGGGAGCAGUGAACAGAGCAAGACAUAUGCCUCGAAAUCCUUGUCUAAUAGCGACUAAAACUCCAUCUAGUGACGUGUUAGUGUUUAAUUAUAUGAUACAACCCAAUUUUCCCGAUCCUAGUGGAGUAUGUAAUCCAGAAUUGAGACUGAAAGGCCAUGAGAAGGGGGGUUUUGGAUUAUCUUGGAACAUGAUUUUCGAAGGCAAGUUAUUAUCAGCUAGUGCGGAUCAGACAGUUUGUAUGUGGGAUAUCAAUGCCACACCAGGAGGAAACAGAGUUAUCAACGCACAUAGCAUUUUCAGAGGUCAUACAAAUACUGUCGCAGAUGUGGCUUGGCAUCCACAAUUAGUUCAUCUGUUUGGAACGGUGGGUUUUGAUGAAAAAUGGAUGAUGUGGGAUUCCAGAUGCAGUCCUAAAAGUAUUCUCUCAAUUCGUGCUCACUCAGCGGGAGUCACCUGUAUAGACUUUCAUCCAUGUCACGACUAUCGUUUGGUAACAGGAUCAGCCGAUAAAACUGUAGGUCUCUGGGAUUUGAGGAUGCCUUCCUUGAAAGUGCAUAGUUUAGGUCCAGGGUGCCAUACGGCAGCAGUCUCCCAAGUGCACUGGUCGCCUCAUUGCAAAGAGGUUCUAGCAUCGUCAGACAUAGAUGGAGGCAUUUAUAUAUGGAAUAUAGAUAAAAUAGGAACAAUACCCGAAGAGGAUCGAGAUGCUCCACCCGAAUUUGUGGAUUGUCACUCAGGACCUUGGCAAAAAGUAAACGAUUUCAGUUGGAAUCCAAACACACCCAGUGUAAUAUGCCAGGUAUCUGAAGAAAAUAUAGUGGAGGUCUUUCAUUCUUAUUCUCUUAAACAGUACGUCUCUGCUCGGUAUGGUUAUAACCCUUGUGUUAACUUUCUUGAUUUACUUAACUCUGGCAGCACAAUUUCAGAAAAUUCAGUUCCGUCAAAUAAUAUUCAACAUAAUCCUAUUUCUUCAACAGCGCAUCAGUUUUAGAUAUUAUACCUUUAAAGUCGUGAACUUUUUCAAAAUAUAAUUAUUGUAAAAAAAAUAUACUGAUAUACAGGGUGGCCCCAACUGUAUUCCGGAAAAUUAAAAAAUAAAAAAAUAAAAGUAAAAAAGUUCGUAU